AUGUCGAACGAAACAGUGUGGAACCAGGAGACAUGCACCGAGAUCACUGAAUACUGUCCUGUCGAGUUGUCUGUAUACGGCUACUACCCUGAUUUGGGCGCCAACGGCUUCUUCCUCGGCUUCUUUGGUCUUUUUGCCCUGAUCAAUCUGGGUCUCGGUAUUCGGUACAGGACGUGGAGUUAUAUGGUCGCCCUGACGGCGGGCUGUGUUUGUGCGUCGAUCGGUUACGUCGGCCGUAUCAUCUUGCACGACAACCCCUUCAACGAGGCAGGAUUCAUUACUCAAAUUUGCUGCCUGAUAAUCGCCCCGGCGUUCAAUUCAGCCGCCAUAUAUCUGACCUUGAAGCACAUGGUUCUCUGCUUUGGAGAGGAAUUCUCGGUUAUAAAAGCGCGCUUCUAUACUUACAUUUUCAUCUCGGCCGAUCUGCUGUCGCUUGUCCUGCAAGGUGCUGGGGGUGGCAUCGCAUCGACUGCUGACGAUGACGACCCAUCCAUGCGACAAACCGGAGACGACUUACUUAUGGCCGGCAUCGCUUGGCAGGUGGUUGCGUUGUUCUUCUUCGGCUGCAUGGCUGGAUGGUAUGUCAUGCGAAGAUGGAGAGCCCACAAACAGCAUCCCCUGACACCGGAGUCUGCCACCACAAUCAAGCAACGCAAGUUCCGACUGUUUGCCUUCGGUGUUGGUUCAGCGUGGUUCGCCAUCUUCAUUCGAUGCAUCUACCGGAUUGUCGAGAUGGCUGGCGGCUGGGGCAAUGAUGUGAUGCAAGACGAGGCCACGUUUAUCGUGUUCGAGGGAUGCUUCAUGGUGUAUGCCACCAUUGUACAGACUGUAUUCCAUCCUGGCUUCUGCUUCCCGCGCCUAUCUUCGAGCUGGACUCCGGCAAUGGCAGAAAAGACCUCAGAAGAUGUAUCCAUGGAGAGUGUUUCUCAGCCAAGAGGAAGUGCGUAG